CGUUGGAGGUGCCUCAACAGCGCCUCGUUCUGCAGAAUAACAACUCUAAACCCGAUCAGAGUUUAAAUAUAAAUAUCCUUUAAAUAUCAUGUUUAUUUAAUGCAUUUAGUUAUAACACACUGACAGAAAAAUCACGUUUAUAAAUAAAGUCGCGUAUUUAUCGCGUGUACCGUCGCAUAUAUUGAGUUUAUGACUGAUUUCAGCGGGAUUUCUGUUCAUCUGGACUGAAGAACAAACACAAAUCGCCUCAUUUGACAUUUCAUUUCAUUCAGAUUGAAAUACACAAACAUGUAGUCGAAUGUGUAGGAUGUGACAUAUGGACGUGUUUAAUGCACAUGUGAAGUCGCGUGAGAUAAGUUUAGACUCGUCUGAGGUGAUGGAUGAUAAUGGAUCAUAACAAGAGUCUGUUUAUUAAAGCCCUGGAUAGAUGUGAGGACAGGAGAGAUGGAGGAUAUAAGCUGACGUGGAGAUGUUCUCUCUCUGAUGAUAGUGAAGACGACAGCAGAAAUGAAUGUGAUGAUGUCAAAAGUGUCAAGAAGAAAGUUAAAAGCAUAAUAAAAUAGCAGCUAAAGGUUGAUGGACAUUGAGCGAGUUAUCAGACAACGAUUCACUGUGAGAGCGCCGCCCUUGUGACCAUGGAGCCAGCAGGUGGCCAGCAGGAUCUUUCCCCGGAGGGAAUGAAGUCUCCAUCUGUUAAAGGCUUCAGUCCCAAUCAGUCUAUGAUGACUCAUGAACGACAUCCAAAUCAUUUACGGCCACUCAACAGAACCGGCAAGCUCAGUGAAGCGGCACACAGCUUUCUGAUCAUGAGUCCAGCGCCGUCACAAGGAGUUGUGGUUCAGGGGCGGAUCUUUCAACAUGCACAAAUUUCUCCUCCAGUCAGAAAGCUGGAACAAAGAAACCAUGACCUGAAGGAAAGAUCUGAUAUGAUCCAAGAGCUGGAUAGCAUUGUUCUGACCUGUCCUGACACAUCAGAUUCAGGAGACAACACUCUUAAGAGGCGUGUCCAGCAGAAACGACGGCUAUUGAUCGAUAGUCCCGUUUCUGCAGUCAAACCAGUCGAUCCGCCCCUUCGACCAGAUGAAUACGUCAGCGUGUGUGGUAAAUGUGGCCAGGGCAGUGAGGAUCACGUCAAAUGUGAUCACUGUGGAUAUCGGCUGCCUGCUGAGACUCCGCCCGUUCCUGACGGUACAUCCACUCCAGCCCCUCGCCCUCCCAUUCGCUCUCAGUCCUUGUCUGCUCCUCACAGUCUUCUCAUCAGCAAGAAUUUCUAUGGCUCUUCCUCUGUGGGGAGCUCUCAAGGCUUAAACAUUGUAGUGAAUCCAACGGUGCGAAUCACUCACGGAAACGUGCUCGUCUCGUACAACGAAAGGCCUGUACCAGGUUCUGGGAGCUUGGCAUCGAACGGGCACAAACAAGUUGUGGGCAAGAAACAGCAGGUUACCAAGCCGUGUGAAUUAAACGACCCAAUUGUUCUGUCGAGCGAUGAGGAAGAGGAAAGCGAUAAUGCCAGCAGCACGGGGACCGUCAACCGCCUGGACAGCGUCUCGCCGCGGCCUGCCGACUCGGCUCACUCAUCUCCAGCACCCUCUGGUGGUCGGGUGGAGGCCGCGAUUAAAGGUGCCAGUGAACAGGAGGACAGUAUCUGUGACUUUUUCACAGAGAAGAAUCAAAGAACUCUGCAGCCCAGGAGGAGUCGCAUGAGGGAUCCAACUAGGCUUUAUCAAGGCAACAAUGGGUCAUUGCUGUUUCAUAAGCACGGGUUAGUGUGUGAAGAGCCAUCUCCCUUGAAGAAGAGGAAAGUGGGUCAGCAGCAGCAGCAGCAGCAGCAGCAGCAGCAACAGCAGAAGUGGGACAGUAUUAUUCUGGAGUGCAGAAGUGUGAGGAUCGGCACGCUGCGCCGGAUGGUCACCAAACCCGUUGUUUUUUCAGUAGAUUACAUCGAGUUUGAGACCGAAGGUCGUGAGGUGGAUGUGAUGGAGAGCGUUCGUCUGAGGUCAUCAGAGCUGAUCAGCUGCGAGUGGUGUAACGUGAAGAAGCUGCCGGUUCUCUUCCUUCAGACCAAAGAUGAGGAGUGUCGGCGCUUACGAGAUCAGCUGGAGAUGUGUCAGGACACAGAAGGGGAAUGGUACGACUGCGGAGGCAACAGCGAUGAGAAGUACAUAGUGUUGAUUUUUGAGAAUGGGCCUCAGCUACAAGAGCAAAUCAUUCUGGAGGACAUUCUGGGUGAGAUCGGCCAAAGAAACAAACUGGAAGAUUUUCCUUUAAAGAUCAACUUCGAUAAGGCCAACAAUCGACUGGUCGAGUACAAUAAAGCCUCCAAAGAGAAAGAAAAGGCAAAAGAAGACAACGUUAAACCUGUAGAGUCAGCAAGAUCAUCAUCUAUAACAUUAUCAGCCUCAGCAUCCCUCUCGGUAGUGACGGUUACUGUGGCAACCACGACAGCCCCUGCCUCGUCAGCAGCAGCAAGCGUCCGAACACGCAUGUCUGCACGUCUCCAAGCUUUCUGUGAAGAGGAUGAUGAUGAGGACAUGUCAGAAAUUCAUCCAACUUUCACUGGCCCAGUCGUCAAGUUGAUGGUUUACCCCCCGCCUCCUGCCAAAGGAGGAAUCUCUGUAACCAACGAGGACCUCCACUGUCUGAACGACGGAGAGUUUCUCAACGACGUCAUCAUUGACUUCUAUUUAAAAUAUGUGUUUCUGGAGAAGCUGAAGAAGGAGGAUGCCGCCCGCAGUCACGUCUUUAGCUCUUUCUUCUAUAAGAGACUCAAUCAGAGAGAGAGAAGAAACGCUCCCGACACGUCCAACCUACCGAUACAGAAGAGGAAACACAACAGAGUGAAGACGUGGACACGUCACGUGGAUCUUUUCCAGAAGGACUUCAUCUUUGUGCCCAUCAAUGAGUCUGCACACUGGUACCUCGCCGUCAUCUGUUUUCCUGGUCUUGACGGGGUUCAUAAUGAGCCGAACCUGCUGUACAAGCCACCGACCGCAGCCCAGAGCUCGGCCGUCUCCUCCGUCCUGCCUGCAGAAGAGGAGGAGCCAGAGAUCGGCCACCACGCAGCCGCAGUGACAGGCCAGCCUGAUGCGUCCGAUGAGGCCGGCCAGCAGUACACAGAUGGUUUACACAGAAUAAUGUCGUGUUACGCAGAAGACUUGUGUCGCUUCUCUGACGACCAAAGCUCAUGUCCGGAUGAUUGUAGUGAAGACGGCACUUUUCUUGAUGACUCUGGGAACUCUGACAGAUUGGAGUGGACGUCUAAACCCACCAUUUGCAGACAGCCUUGCAUUUUAAUCAUGGAUUCCCUGCGUGGGCCGACCAGGUCAACUGUCGUGAAAACAUUACGAGAGUAUCUGGAGGUGGAGUGGGAGGUCAGAAAAGGCUCGCAGAGGAGUUUUGCGAAAGAUGUGAUGAAGGGUUCGAGUCCUCGUGUACCCCAGCAGGAUAACUUUAGUGACUGUGGAGUUUAUGUGCUGCAAUAUGUAGAGAGCUUCUUCGAGAAUCCAAUUCCAAGCUUUCAUCUGCCGAUGAACUUAAUGGACUGGUUUCCCCAGCAACGGAUGAAAACCAAGCGUGAGGAGAUCAAGGAUGUCAUUCUGAAUAUUCAGAAACAGCAGCAGGUGAACGCUGAGAGCGCUGAACCCACUGACGGCUGUCAGAGUCCGAGCGAGGACAAUUCAGAGUCACCUGAUCUUAUCCCAUCCGUCAGCUCUUAGACUUUGUAUACGCUGCUACGCAUCCCCAUCACGUGACUCAAACAAACACCAGGAGCCAAUCAGGGCCUUGUGUGAUUACACGCUGCUGGACAACUCUUAUUAUUCAUAACAAAACUGUUCCGUUGACAUGAAUAUCAAAAAGUUUUUUAUUUGUAUUAAAACAAAUCGUGUACAUAAGCUAGGCUUUUUUCUUUAUUUUGCCACUUUACUUGCUGCCUUUUGAGUAUUAGAGUUUGUCGAUUGGUCACGUCUUCUUCAAAAUAUGUGAAAUAAAAGUUCAUGUGUUCA